GGGGCGGCCAAUGGGUCGCGGCGGGGCCUGGCCGGGGCGGCAGCGGCUGCGCUCGGCGGCGCUGCGAGGCGGAGAUGGCGGAGCGGGGCGGCGGCGGCGCGGGGGCCGGCGGCGGCGAGGGGGAGGCGGCGGCGGAGCGGUACGGCAGCGAGCUCAGGAUGGCUCAGCAGCAAGCACUGAGGUUUCGCGGCCCAGCUCCCCCGCCCAACGCCGUCAUGAGGGGCCCGCCACCUCUCAUGCGACCGCCUCCGCCUUUCGGCAUGAUGCGGGGUCCCCCUCCGCCACCUCGCCCCCCCUUCGGACGCCCUCCGUUUGAUCCGAACAUGCCUCCGAUGCCACCUCCGGGGGGGAUCCCUCCGCCAAUGGGACCUCCACACUUACAGAGACCACCGUUCAUGCCUCCUCCCAUGGGCAGCAUGCCACCGCCUCCGGGUAUGAUGUUCCCUCCAGGGAUGCCGCCCGUCACCGCCCCGGGAACACCGGCGAUGCCCCCAGCUGAGGAGAUCUGGGUGGAAAACAAAACUCCGGAUGGGAAGGUGUAUUUCUAUAACGCGCGGACACGCGAGUCGGCAUGGAGCAAGCCGGACGGGGUGAAGGUGAUCCAGCAGUCGGAGCUGACGCCGAUGCUGGCGGCGCAGGCACAGGCCGUGGGUGCCUCCACACCCACCACCAGCAGCCCCGCGGCUGCAGCCUCGCCGUCCACCUCGUCCAGCACGCCGGCCUCCUCCACCUCCACCACCACCACCGCCACCUCGGGCUCGCAGACCAUCUCCACACCCACCACACAAGACCAGAGCCCGAGCUCGGGUGUUUCAGUUGCCACCCCAUCAGUCAGUGUUUCAACCUCUGCUCCUUCUGCUACACCUGUGCAGACUGUUCCCCAGCCAGUCCCACAGACAUUGCCUCCUGCAGUGCCUCAUGCAGUGCCGCAGCCAACUGCAGCAAUUCCUGCUUUUCCACCAGUAAUGGUACCUCCAUUCCGUGUCCCCCUUCCCGGCAUGCCUAUUCCACUUCCAGGUGUAGCAAUGAUGCAAAUAGUCAGCUGCCCGUAUGUAAAGACAGUCGCUACCACCAAGACCGGCGUGCUGCCGGGCAUGGCGCCCCCCAUCGUGCCCAUGAUCCACCCCCAGGUGGCCAUCGCCGCCUCCCCCGCCGCGCUGGCCGGGGCUGCGCCCGUCUCCGAGUGGACCGAGUACAAAACCGCCGACGGGAAGACCUACUAUUAUAACAACAGGACGCUGGAGUCCACCUGGGAAAAGCCCCAGGAGCUCAAAGAAAAAGAAAAAAUGGAAGAGAAGAUUAAAGAGCCAAGUAAAGAACCAUCGGAGGAGCCUUUACCGAUGGAGACAGAAGAGGAAGAGCCAAAAGAAGAACCUCUGAAGGAGCUGAUGAAGGAGGAGCCAAAAGAGGAGGAGAUGACUGAAGAAGAAAAGGCAGCUCAGAAGGCCAAGCCAGUUGCGACCACCCCUAUUCCGGGCACCCCGUGGUGUGUGGUGUGGACGGGUGACGAGCGCGUGUUCUUCUACAACCCGACCACCCGGCUCUCCAUGUGGGACCGACCAGACGACCUCAUUGGAAGAGCCGAUGUGGACAAAAUUAUCCAAGAACCGCCUCACAAAAAAGGAAUGGAAGAAGGAAAAAAACUGAUUAGAGAAGAGCAUGAAUCUACAGAGGAAGCAAAUGAAGAUGAGCCCAUUAAAAUUAAAAAGCGCAAGAAGGAUGACAACAAAGACAUGGAUUCGGAGAAGGAGGCCGCCAUGGAAGCUGAAAUCAAGGCCGCGCGCGAGAGAGCCAUUGUGCCGCUGGAGGCGCGGAUGAAGCAGUUCAAGGACAUGCUUCUGGAGAGAGGGGUCUCUGCUUUUUCAACAUGGGAGAAAGAGCUACACAAGAUAGUUUUUGAUCCUCGGUACUUGCUUCUCAACCCGAAGGAAAGGAAACAGGUGUUUGAUCAGUAUGUGAAAACACGAGCAGAAGAAGAACGCAAAGAGAAGAAAAACAAAAUAAUGCAGGCCAAGGAGGAUUUCAAGAAAAUGAUGGAAGAAGCAAAGAUUAAUCCAAGAACUACUUUUAGUGAAUUUGCAGCCAAGCAUGCUAAGGACUCGAGGUUCAAGGCAAUUGAAAAGAUGAAAGAUCGAGAGGCCUUGUUUAAUGAGUUUAUCACAGCGGCAAGAAAGAAGGAGAAAGAAGACUCGAAGAGCCGAGGUGAGAAGAUCAAAAUGGACUUCUUUGAGCUGCUGGCUAAUCACCACCUGGACAGCCAGUCCCGCUGGAGCAAGGUGAAGGACAAAGUGGAGACUGACCCGCGGUACAAGGCGGUGGACAGUUCCUCGCAGAGGGAAGACCUGUUCAAGCAGUACAUAGAGAAAAUAGCCAAGAAUUUAGAUUCUGAAAAAGAAAAGGAGCUGGAGAGACAAGCUCGCAUUGAGGCCAGUUUGCGCGAGCGAGAAAGGGAGGUGCAGAAAGCUCGUUCGGAGCAAACCAAGGAAAUCGAUCGCGAACGUGAGCAGCACAAGCGGGAGGAAGCUAUCCAGAACUUCAAAGCGCUGCUGUCUGACAUGGUCCGUUCCUCGGAUGUGUCGUGGUCUGACACCAGGAGGACUCUGCGCAAGGAUCAUCGGUGGGAAUCCGGCUCCUUGCUGGAGAGAGAAGAGAAGGAGAAGCUCUUCAACGAGCACAUCGAAGCACUUACCAAAAAGAAGAGGGAACACUUCAGGCAACUUCUGGACGAAACCUCAGCGAUAACUUUAACAUCAACGUGGAAGGAAGUGAAAAAAAUCAUUAAGGAAGACCCAAGGUGCAUUAAAUUCUCCUCGAGUGACAGGAAAAAACAAAGGGAAUUUGAGGAAUACAUUAGAGACAAAUACAUUACUGCCAAAGCUGACUUCCGAACGCUAUUGAAAGAGACCAAAUUUAUAACGUACAGAUCCAAAAAGUUGAUCCAGGAGUCAGAUCAGCACCUGAAAGACGUAGAGAAGAUCCUACAGAACGACAAGCGCUAUCUAGUACUUGACUGCGUCCCAGAAGAGAGACGCAAGCUCAUCGUGUCCUAUGUGGACGACCUGGACCGCAGAGGGCCCCCCCCGCCGCCCACCGCCUCAGAGCCCACCCGCCGAACAACGAAAUAGUCACGAAAUACUCCGAGCCAGGGGUGUCUGUUAAAUCCAAAAGCUUGCAUGAGCCAUCUGUCGGGUUUAUACAUAUACAUACCGUGAGUAUAUUGCAAAACCAUCUGAGGAGCAGAGGAAGAAGCAGCAUUUGUGAACAUAAAAUGGUCUCUGUGUGGGGGGAGCAACAACACAACCCCCAUGUUAAAGGUAUUUAUGGGUUUCUUUGGGGCGUGACGGGCAAAGCUCCGGUGUGGGCGGCGCCGGAGCUCUGCCGGGCGGGGCUGUGCGCGUCACCCGCGGCCCUGGGCUCGGGCGCUGCCCGGAGCUUCGCUCGCCCGUUGCCGACGGCUGCGUGCUGGAAACCAGAGUCCCGAUUCUCUGCUUGCUUCACCCUUGUAAAUGGAACUAAAUCCACUAAAGCCAGAGUUAGAACUGAAAGAAGAGAAUUAGGACUAAGAGACCAAGCUAAAUUUGUUCACAGGUCUGCUUUGUUCCUUACCCUGUCCAUGAAUUAGAAGCAAAAUCAGGUUGCUCUGCCCAAGUGAAAAUUUGUCUAAUAAUUUUUACUCAAAGUGGGAAACACUUGGUAACUAACGGUGGUUACCGGAGCAGAACAGGACGGUUGUACACACACACUUUUAUUAACAAUAAAGCGAUCUUUACAUACUGCUGGAUUAGACUGUGGAUUCCCCUCUGGGCAAUUCUUGUAAACUAUACUCCUGUUUUGAAUGUUCAACUUGUGUUUCUAAAGUUUAAUUUUGAAAUGUUGGGAUUGUUCAGUUUAUGUAUUUGAACUACAAUAAACCAACCCUUUUUAUAUAUGGAUUGUACAGGCCUAAUACCAGGUUUUGUUGGAUUUUGUUGGACUUGUGAAUUUAUGAGUAAAGCAAACAACUGAAGUCAUA